AUGAGUUUAUUUAUAGGAAAUAUAAGCAGAAAUGUUGAUUAAAAAACAAUUGAAAAUGUUUUUAAUUCCUAUGGUCCUUGUAAAAUAGAAUUUAGACAUAGAUAUGCAUUUGUUUAAUAUGCAAAAGAUAAAGAUGGUGAAGCAGCAAAAAACGAUUUAAAUAAUAAAGAAUUUGGGGGUUUAAAAUUAAAUGUCGAAUGGUCAAAAAAAUCUGGAAGAUUCGAUGAAAAUCAUUCAGUUAAUAAAUCAAGAAGAUCAAAUUCAUGGAAACAAAGAAGAGAUUCCCCAAUGUAUAGAAGAUCAGCAUCUCUUUCAAUACAUUCAGAUGAUUGUCCACGUGACAAAAUUCUCAAGUUAAAAUUAAAAGAAUAAAAAUAAAACAAACAAUCUAAAAAAGAUAAAGAUAGCAAAAAACAUUCAAAAAAAGAUAACCAUAGAAAUGAUGAUAAUUAUAUUUGA